UUCUCUGUGCCUUCCCGUCACCCUGCUACUCCCGGCCUCGCAGGGCUCUUUGUCCCCGUGGUGGUGGCCUCAGGCUUCGUCCUCCAGCGGCAGAUUCGCGAGUCGCUGCGGCCCUUGUCUGUGGGGCUCUGGAUCUCGCCGGGUGACUUAGAAAGGCUGAAGCUGGGUGCUCUUUUCCGCCUUGGCCGCUCCCAGCCGCCCCCUCUCCCUUGGCGGCUCGCGGUGGCCAAUGCUUCCGCCGCCUUCCUGCAGUGCUCAGGGCCGUCGAGGCAGGUGGAGGGACGAAAUGCAUCCCGGCCUGUGACAAAGCAGCCUGUUGCCACACUGCUCCUCUUUCAGGCUGGAAGCACUGCGGUGGCCAGGUCGUCCUGUAUUACUUUCUUGCUCUCCUCACCAGCCCUGACCAGUUUCGUUAAUGCUCGUUUGGUGGGCACGGCUGGGGCAGGAGUCUUGGUUAGGUUUGGUACUGGCAUGUUUAGGGGUCUGUCUGGGGAUUACCCUUGCUGUGGAUAGAAGCAACUUUAAGACCUGUGAUGAAAGUUCCUUUUGCAAACGGCAGCGAAGCAUUCGGCCAGGCCUUUCUCCUUACCGUGCCUUGCUGGACACACUUCAGCUUGGUCCUGACGCUCUCACAGUCCAUCUGAUCCAUGAAGUCACCAAGGUGUUGCUUGUGCUGGAGCUCCAGGGCCUUCAGAAGAACAUGACAAGGAUCAGGAUUGAUGAGCUAGAGCCUCGGAGGCCCAGAUACCGAGUGCAAGAUGUCUUGGUGGCUGAUCCUCCCACAUCUCGGCUUUCAGUUUCUGGCCAUGAUGACAACAGUGUAGAGCUAACAGUGGCUGAGGGACCCUACAAAAUCAUUUUGACAGCACGGCCAUUCCGUCUUGACCUGCUAGAGGAUCGCAGCCUUCUGCUCAGUGUCAAUGCCCGAGGACUUAUGGCCUUUGAGCACCAGAGGGCCCCCAGGGUCCCUUUCUCGGAUAAAGUUAGUCUCACGCUCGGUAGCAUGUGGGAUAAGAUCAAGAACCUUUUCUCUAGGCAAGAAUCAAAAGACCCAGCUGAAGGCAAUGGAGCCCAGCCCGAGGCAACACCUGGGGACAGUGGCAAGCCAGAGGAGACCCAGGAGAAGGCUGAGAAAGAUGAGCCAGGAGCCUGGGAGGAGACAUUCAAAACUCAUACUGACAGCAAGCCUUAUGGACCUACGUCUAUAGGUUUGGACUUCUCUCUGCCAGGAAUGGAACAUGUGUAUGGGAUCCCUGAGCAUGCAGAUAGCCUGAGACUGAAGGUCACUGAGGGUGGUGAGCCAUAUCGCCUGUACAACUUGGAUGUGUUCCAGUAUGAGCUGAACAACCCUAUGGCUCUCUAUGGGUCUGUGCCUAUGCUCCUGGCACACAACCCUCAUCGAGACUUGGGCAUCUUUUGGCUUAAUGCUGCUGAGACAUGGGUUGAUAUAUCCUCCAACACUGCUGGGAAGACCCUGUUUGGGAAGAUGCUGGACUACCUGCAGGGGUCUGGGGAGACUCCACAGACAGACAUUCGUUGGAUGUCAGAGAGUGGCAUUAUUGAUGUUUUCCUGAUGCUUGGGCCUUCAGUUUUUGAUGUCUUCCGGCAGUAUGCUAGUCUCACAGGGACCCAGGCAUUCCCCCCUCUCUUCUCCCUCGGCUACCACCAGAGCCGCUGGAACUAUCGGGAUGAGGCUGAUGUUUUAGAAGUGGACCAGGGUUUCGAUGAUCACAACAUGCCCUGUGAUGUCAUAUGGUUGGACAUUGAGCAUGCUGAUGGCAAGCGAUACUUCACUUGGGACCCUACCCGCUUUCCUCAGCCCCUCAAUAUGCUUGAGCACUUGGCUUCCAAGAGAAGGAAGCUGGUGGCCAUUGUGGACCCCCACAUCAAGGUAGAUUCUGGCUACCGAGUUCACGAAGAAAUUCGAAACCAUGAUCUGUAUGUUAAGACCCGAGAUGGCUCUGAUUAUGAGGGCUGGUGCUGGCCAGGCUCAGCUAGUUAUCCUGACUUCACCAAUCCAAGGAUGAGGGCCUGGUGGGCUAACAUGUUCAGCUUUGACAGUUACGAGGGUUCAGCUCCUAACCUUUUUGUGUGGAAUGACAUGAACGAACCGUCUGUGUUCAAUGGUCCUGAGGUCACCAUGCUGAAGGAUGCCGUGCAUUAUGGUGGCUGGGAGCACCGGGACAUCCAUAACAUCUAUGGCUUAUAUGUGCACAUGGCGACUGCUGAUGGGCUAAUACAGCGCUCUGGUGGCAUAGAACGUCCCUUUGUCCUGAGUAGGGCUUUCUUCGCAGGUUCCCAGCGCUUUGGGGCUGUUUGGACAGGGGAUAACACUGCAGAAUGGGAUCAUUUGAAGAUUUCUAUCCCUAUGUGUCUCAGCCUGGCACUGGUGGGACUUUCCUUCUGUGGUGCGGAUGUGGGUGGUUUCUUCAAGAACCCAGAACCAGAGCUGCUUGUGCGCUGGUACCAAAUGGGUGCCUACCAGCCAUUCUUUCGGGCUCAUGCCCACUUGGACACUGGGCGGCGAGAGCCGUGGCUGUUAACGUCUCAAUACCAAGACGCCAUCCGAGAUGCCUUGUUCCAGCGGUACUCUUUGCUCCCCUUCUGGUAUACCCUCUUCUAUCAAGCUCACCAAGAAGGGCUUCCUGUCAUAAGGCCCCUCUGGGUACAGUAUCCUCAGGAUGUGACUACUUUCAGUAUAGAGGAUCAGUUCCUGCUUGGUGAUGCACUCCUGGUUCAUCCUGUAUCAGAUGCUGGGGCCCACGGUGUGCAAGUCUAUCUGCCUGGCCAAGGAGAGGUGUGGUUUGACAUUCAAAGCUAUCAGAAGUAUCAUGGUCCCCAGACCCUGUACCUGCCAGUAACUUUGAACAGUAUCCCUGUGUUCCAGCGUGGCGGGACAAUAGUGCCUCGAUGGAUGCGCGUAAGGCGUUCCUCAGACUGUAUGAGAGAUGACCCUGUCACUCUCUUCGUUGCUCUCAGUCCCCAGAGUACAGCUCAAGGAGAGCUCUUCCUAGAUGAUGGACACACAUUUAACUAUCGUACUCGCCAUGAGUUCUUGUUUCGUCGAUUCUCAUUCUCUGGCAACACACUUGUCUCUAGUUCAGCAGACCCCAAAGGCCACCUUGAGACACCUGUCUGGAUUGAGCGAGUGGUUAUAAUGGGGGCUGGAAAACCAGCAGCCGUGGUGCUCCAGACCAAAGGAUCCCCUGAAAGUCGCUUGUCCUUCCAACAUGACCCUGAGACCUCUGUGUUGAUACUGCGCAAACCUGGCAUCAACGUGGCAUCUGACUGGAGCAUUCAUCUUCGAUAACCCAAGGAUCUUGUUCUGAGUUGGGAGGAGGGGUGUGGUGGUAUUGAGUUACCUUUUCUUUUGCUUUGGAGUUUGACCCUACUUAGAGUUCACCUUUCUAAUCCCAAGACUCAGAUUCUGCCAACAUCUGGGCAGGGUGACAGGGCUGUCCUAGGACUCUGAAUUCCACAUGUGAACUAGGCUUUCCUUGUGUUGUUUCCAGGCCCCUCCCUCAUCCCAGUAUCCUGUUGCUAUAACUGGAGCACACUCAUUUGUGAAGACUCGAGGGGCCUUGUCUUUCUCUUCCCCUUCCAUGGGGUCCCUGACUUUUCCUCAGACCCUGUCCUUUCUUGCCUCUUCUGUUGAUGCCUUGGAAGAAGAUGAGGACAGUGAACUCUAGGGUUCCGUUUUUUCUUCCUUGUUCUCUUCUUUCCCAACUGCCCACCCUUUUCAUUCCUCCCUCCCUGGAUCUGCCCUCCCAGCCCUCACCUUUCUCCGUUCCACUGAUACACUGGGACCAUCCCUUACCUGGUGAGGGACGAAUGGAUCAAGAUUCAGGUUGCUGGAGAAUAUUCUCUUCCUUCUCAUCUCAACCUUUUCUUCCCUGUUUGUUUCCAGAGCUGCUGCAUUUCUCCCAUCCCUUGAGGGAGAAGCUUCCAUACAGUUAAGAGGGAUGGUCAUUAAACUUCUUUUGCCCCCUCUGGUCCCCUUGGGACACUCAAGAUAGAGAAAUGAGUUGUGGUUUCACUGAAUCACGGUCACCUGUAUUUAUUGCUGGGAAGAAGGCUGAGGGUGGGAGCAGAUGAUCAUGUGUAUCCAGGGACAGCUUCAAGCCCUGGGAAGGGGUUGAGGGAGGACUCAGGAACCAGGAGAAAUAUUUGUGGGAAUUUUUUUUUUUACUUCCUCUGGGUUCCCAACUGUGAUAGGUUUUGAUAAAAGGAGAAACAAUAAAAAGAUAAACCAUAGA